AAUGCACAAAGAUUUUAACCAAUAUCUUCCAAGAAAAACCCUUGUGUUCUAAAGAAAGAGCUGUUUACAUUUCUCGAAGCUCAUUAAGCUUUAUGUUGAAAGAAAAACACAAGGGAAGUUGAAGAAACCAGCUUUAUGUCAGCGGUGAGGCAAGCAAAAUACAGUAAGUACGAAGAUUUUAUUGUUUGUUGUUGUUCUUGCUGUUGUUGUUGUUGUUGUUUUGUUUGUUUGUUUUUUUUUACUGUUAGGUAGGGUAUAGUAAUCAAAAAUUCUUAUAUUAAUAACAAGUUUUUUUAACAAAUCUUUGCUUGUCGUAGUGUUUUUGUUUAAAACAGAGCCUGUCUGCAUGCUUUACGCAUGAUAACGGGUAGACUAGGGGGAUUAGAAGAUAACAAAUCAAGUUUAUAUUUUUUUUUGUGGGGAGGAAGAGGGGGAACGGGCAUGGUAACGAAAUAUUAAUGAGUACAAAACAAAAGAAAAUAAAAUGUGAACUAACAAUGAAAUUGAACCACUACAAAUCCAUGUAAAGGAGGGAUUCAAGACUAGGUUUAGGAUGACUUCUUUUACAACUUGCCACCACGCACAUAAUUCUCAAAUCAUCUUGCAUUAAGGACGGAGGAAUUAAGAAUUGCAGCGACAAUUUGCUAAAGACAGAAUCGCGGCACUCAUGAUUAGAACAACAACUGAGUCGUUUUCAAAACUAAAAGAACCUCUACUGUACAAUUUUGUUGAAGGCUUUGAGCUGGACACGUCUACGUCUGGAACAGUUGGAGUGCAUGGAUCAGCCACUUCGACCAGUUCAUUCCUCAGUGGGGGUUCGGCUACAGGCUUCUCUCUUCCUAGACCAAGCACGUCCUCAAGAACAGCUUCAGCAAACAAAAGUUCGAGGUUUGUUAAACAUCUCUUUCGUUUCCAAGGGACGUUCCAUUUUUUAUGCCCUUCCCCGCCCCCCACCCCCCAAUAAGGAUUACGGGUUUUCGAACAGGUGGGUUCGGAUUUUUUUCUUCAGAGAAGCCGAUCAAAAUUGGACCCGACAAACUUUUCAAAAGUGCCUACAAAAAAUAAACCCUCCGGAUUUCGUUUUUCAAACGGCGCCGGCAAAAAUUUGAGGGUUCGGAUUCCUGUUAUCUUUAGGGGAUAAGCAAUGGAACGUCCCCAAUAACCGUUUAAGCAAUGGUUCAUUAACAAUAAAAAGUGAGAACCAGGGAAACAAAAUUUUUAUCAAGCAUUCUUUUUUACUAGAUAAAAAAAGAGCGCUAUUUUUAUUCUUUUCUGUAUUCAAGACUUGACUAGAAACUCACUGAUUUCAACCAAUCAUUAUUAUCUUGUAUACCAGUUAACAACAAAUCGUUAUACAGCUUGCAGAGCGUUGUUUUCGUGGAAGGCAGAUGACGUUCGAUUUCCAUUAAUCUUUGUUAAAGGGCUGUUUCACUGACGUGAUUUCAAACAAAUUUCAAACAAAUUAACAUAAAACUUGUUUUUAGAGGAUAAACUACACAUUAAUCGGCAAAACAAGACUUUUUCCUACCAAAGUGACUCACGGCUUGUUGUCGGUGAUCUUUAAAACAGUUCAAUCAAAGUACCGACUCCAGGAAGUUCCCUACGGACUCCCGCUCCGGGACCCAACGUCUUUACCUCAACCAGUGUGUCGCAUAGAACUCCCAGUUCACGUCGCACACCACAUGUCUCAAGUGCGACCCCUGGAAUGCCACCGUCUUCUGUUGUGGUUGGUGAGUUAACGAAUUACUCUUAGUUUUUUUAGACCAAAUGACCCUUAAUUUGCUUUUUACCAAAAAUCAAAAUAGAGAUGGUAAAAGUGAUGACUAUCAUUUAAAACGUUUUUAAGGAAAAGAACUAAAGUCUAUCUUAGCGAAAGUGGUCGCAACUAACUGAAACUAAUACUACUUCAUGGCCUUAGUUUGGAUGGUCACACUGUGGGAUUUUCUAUUUGCAUGUGAUUAUCAUACUUUUACAAGAAGAAGUGCUUCGAAAAAUGCUCGUUUUUUUAAAAUGCUUGCUUUUCAGCAAUUGUGGAAGGGCGUGGUCUUGCAAAAGGAGAGAUCGGUAUGGCCAGCAUUGACUUAAAGAAGCCUGAACUUGUCCUUUCACAGGUCUGUCAUCAGAUUGUUUAUAUUAUCAAUUUAAUUUAGNUUUUUCCUACUAAUGUGACUCACGGCUUGUUGUCGGUGAUCUUUAAAACAGUUCAAUCAAAGUACCGACUCCAGGAAGUUCCCUACGGACUCCCGCUCCGGGACCCAACGUCUUUACCUCAACCAGUGUGUCGCAUAGAACUCCCAGUUCACGUCGCACACCACAUGUCUCAAGUGCGACCCCUGGAAUGCCACCGUCUUCUGUUGUGGUUGGUGAGUUAACGAAUUACUCUUAGUUUUUUUAGACCAAAUGACCCUUAAUUUGCUUUUUACCAAAAAUCAAAAUAGAGAUGGUAAAAGUGAUGACUAUCAUUUAAAACGUUUUUAAGGAAAAGAACUAAAGUCUAUCUUAGCGAAAGUGGUCGCAACUAACUGAAACUAAUACUACUUCAUGGCCUUAGUUUGGAUGGUCACACUGUGGGAUUUUCUAUUUGCAUGUGAUUAUCAUACUUUUACAAGAAGAAGUGCUUCGAAAAAUGCUCGUUUUUUUAAAAUGCUUGCUUUUCAGCAAUUGUGGAAGGGCGUGGUCUUGCAAAAGGAGAGAUCGGUAUGGCCAGCAUUGACUUAAAGAAGCCUGAACUUGUCCUUUCACAGGUCUGUCAUCAGAUUGUUUAUAUUAUCAAUUUAAUUUAGGGACUUUGAUGAUCAAACGCUUGCAUUUUUGAUGACGAUCUAAAGUACCGAUAACCAAUUACCCUGAAGACUUAAAUUCAGAUUUUUACUUAUUGUAAUUAGUUAUUAUGAAUCUGAUUCACAGUAACUUAGCUUUACUUUAUGCUGUUGUCUUCUUUACAUUGUAAGUGGCCCAUGAUUUUGCUUCUAAAAAAUAAAAAUACCUCUUACCUUUAGCUGAAAGUUCCUAAUGCUGUCAGUCACCUCUGAAGGUAGCUGUCUCUUUUGCUUUUUUUAAGUUUUCAGAUAACCAGACCUACGUAAAAGUGCUAACAAGAUUGCAGAUUUUAGAACCUUUGGAGGUACAUUUUGAAUAUGUUUUCCAUAUUUAAUUGUUUUAGUGUGAACACCUCAUUAAACUGUGUGGGUGCUGUGCUUCUUGUUCGAAACAAAGCCUCUCGAAGAAUGGCGGAGUUGAUUCAUUAGUCACUAAACGCUUCAAUUUUAUGAGUCGUAGAUUUUAUAAUGCAUAGCGUGCCCCAUUGAUUCGCCGGCGCAAUCAGUGAUUCUAAAAAUAAAGUUGAUAUUGGGCCUCAUAUUAGGCCAAGUUUUCGUUUUCAAUGGUCAUCUAAAAUCAUUGUUUCUUUGUUACUGUCAGAUAAUCAUGCCUAAUACAGCGUGUGAAAACGGAAACAUGUCUACUUUAUUCAAGCUCCUAAGUGACCAACUCCCAUAUACGAAUUUAUCAGCUGUUCAAAGAAAGUAUUUCAAUGAAGCAAAAGGUAACGUUUGAGAUUUGCAUUGACGGACUGAAUAAACGAUCGCAUUCCGAAAGUCAAAGUGCUCACUGAACUGACCUUAGGAGAACAUUUCGAUUAUUCACUUGGGGUACGUCUUAUUUUAAUGGAAAUAAAGCACAGUUUGACAGUAAUUGCGUUUAAAGAGUCAGCUGGUAUAGUUAUGGUCGUUGAGCUUCAAAAAAACAAUUCAGAAGCUCAGAUCCAUUUGUUUUGAACAUCUCUCCUUUUUUUCUUUAAUAUGUUUUAUGGCAAAGUGGAGAUACCUUACCAGGUCAGUGAUUUGAAUAGAGCGCCUCAGUGGGAUUGGCCUCUUAUAUGAAGCCAGACUUCAGGGUCUUCAGUUGGCCACACAUAUCCUUAGUUUAUUGACCAUUUGUGCUUUCAUGUCAUUGACGUUUUUCAUAGCUUCAUAGCUUCCACGCAUUCCAUAAUCUUGGCAUCUUUCUAUUUCUACCCCUGAUUUGUUUGAUGGUGUCUUUCCUUACCAGGUUUAGAAUACGUGAAACAACUGUGCGUUCCUGAAUACAACACCGUAGAAAUGGAGGUGGCUUCAAAGUAAGUUACAGGCUCAGUUUGAAACCCCUUUAAUUUAACAUGUCAACACGUAUUCGAAAAUUCCGGAGCCUAACUCCUACUCCUCUAAGUGUCAACCUUUUAAUGAAUAGCCUGAGAAAACAGCCGACAUUUGGCGNUCAUGCCUAAUACAGCGUGUGAAAACGGAAACAUGUCUACUUUAUUCAAGCUCCUAAGUGACCAACUCCCAUAUACGAAUUUAUCAGCUGUUCAAAGAAAGUAUUUCAAUGAAGCAAAAGGUAACGUUUGAGAUUUGCAUUGACGGACUGAAUAAACGAUCGCAUUCCGAAAGUCAAAGUGCUCACUGAACUGACCUUAGGAGAACAUUUCGAUUAUUCACUUGGGGUACGUCUUAUUUUAAUGGAAAUAAAGCACAGUUUGACAGUAAUUGCGUUUAAAGAGUCAGCUGGUAUAGUUAUGGUCGUUGAGCUUCAAAAAAACAAUUCAGAAGCUCAGAUCCAUUUGUUUUGAACAUCUCUCCUUUUUUUCUUUAAUAUGUUUUAUGGCAAAGUGGAGAUACCUUACCAGGUCAGUGAUUUGAAUAGAGCGCCUCAGUGGGAUUGGCCUCUUAUAUGAAGCCAGACUUCAGGGUCUUCAGUUGGCCACACAUAUCCUUAGUUUAUUGACCAUUUGUGCUUUCAUGUCAUUGACGUUUUUCAUAGCUUCAUAGCUUCCACGCAUUCCAUAAUCUUGGCAUCUUUCUAUUUCUACCCCUGAUUUGUUUGAUGGUGUCUUUCCUUACCAGGUUUAGAAUACGUGAAACAACUGUGCGUUCCUGAAUACAACACCGUAGAAAUGGAGGUGGCUUCAAAGUAAGUUACAGGCUCAGUUUGAAACCCCUUUAAUUUAACAUGUCAACACGUAUUCGAAAAUUCCGGAGCCUAACUCCUACUCCUCUAAGUGUCAACCUUUUAAUGAAUAGCCUGAGAAAACAGCCGACAUUUGGCGGGGAAACCAGUGGUAGCCUCGGCAAAUGUCGGCUGUUUUCUCCGGCUAUUUAAUGAAUUUAAAAAUGAAAUAAAAUUCAUGUGUGACAUGAACUUCUUCAUUUAAAGUCCGUUGCUGACCAAGCAUCGAAACCCUCCUCUGAUUUUUAAACUAAUGCAUGCGCUUUGCCACACAAAGUGAAGAGUAGCGUUUUCUUACUGAUGAUGUUUCGCAAAAAACCUCGCUUGCAAUACGAUGUCAGAGAAGCAGGUUCAAUGUUAAUGUCAGGUAGUAUUUUGGGUGGCCCUGGUGUUUUCCUUGCAGUGUCGGAGUACUGCUGGUCAAACGUUAAAUUUAUUGAUAUUACUCUCUCGUUAGUCACCAUUUUAUUAUUUAUCUUUUAAUUUUUUUUUUUUUUCAGGUAUUACUGUCUGGCAACGGCGUCCGUAAGUAUUUGAAAUAUCAGUAAAUUAUUGGAGCGAACUUGCGGGAAAGUCUUAAAGUCUUGGCCCGAAUUUUCGAAGCCGUAGUAAGCUAAAAUGCUAAUUCUCAAGUAUUGCCGCCUAACAACAGAUUAUUGUUAAGAAACACUUUCACGAUAUCUUACUAACAAGAUAUAUUAACCUUGAACGCCUUCUUAAGUUCUAAGCAUGGCUUUGUUUUGGGAAAUCUUAGGCUUUCCUGAAAUCCAUUUAAGGAAGCGGUAGACGGAUGCCAGCCGCGCCUUUGCCAAAGAAUGGUGAAAAGUAAGGAUCGCGAGUCUUAAUCUUUAGUCCUCUUGUUUCUGAAUGUUUUCAGGCUUUGCUCAAGUAUGUCGAAUUUAUACAGAACAUUGUUUAUGCACCGUGUUCCGUUAAGGUCCUUUUCAAAGGGAGCGAGAAGACUGCGAUAAUAGGUAAAACAUUUCAUUUAGCGUAACUGCUGAUAUCACUCAUAUGGCUGGUAUUCUGAGUAAGUACAGUCAAUUCUAGCCUGCGUGACAGGCUGGAAUCUUGCAGGGGGAAUUAGGGGGCGCGAGAACGCGAUAGGGGUGCGUUUCAGUGUUUGUUCCUUUCUCGCUCCCCCCAUCCCGCUCUCAUGGCUUACAUUCUGAUUGCUAAGUAUGUAUAGUCAAUUCCGAGCCUACGUGGCAUCUGAAGGAAAAGAGAAAGGGGGGUAAAUUUCUUGGUGUUGCGGACGAGUGCUAUCAUCAAAUGACGUAAUACAAAAGAUUGAGAAAUAGACUAAAAAUUACCCACACAACAACACAAAAGCGUACCAACAAUGCUGUCUGCAACACCAAGAAACAUCCAGAAAGGGGCAAUUUAGGGCGCGCGAGAAUGCGAUAGGUGCGCCUUCCGUAUCUCCUUCCUUGCGCGCCGGUUGCGCUCUAGUGCUCCUUAAUUCUUCUUAAUCUUCAGAAGCCUGCCUCACAGGCUAAGUCAAUUCUCUCUAAGACGGAUACUAUGUGCCGGUCCCAAUAGUGUCAGCCUUACACAGAGAGUCUUAGUCAUGGAGUAUAGAACAUAAGUGCCAACUACAGGAACCUGUUUACUACAUAACAGUAUGUCCUUUAAAGGUGUAUGCACCAAGUUUCCUUGGAAAUUGACACCCAUUUUGGCACACUAGAGUAACAUUUGUUGCGUUGGUAAUGCAUCAAAGGGGAGAUUAAGCAACGCGACGACAAUGGCAGUUCUUUCAAACUUUAUAGCGUUUAUUAAGCCUGGGUGAGGUUGUUCAGUUGUUGUUGCUUAAGCUCCCUUAUUGCGCGAAAACGCGCCACAUAGAAUGACAAAGUGUUUUCUAUCAGGGUUUCAUCAGAAAUUUUGUAUUUUUAUUUGCCUAAUUCGUCGCAUGUGUCGUAUUUCAUUGCCAGACGCUUCCACUGCCAAGAACUUAGAACUCAUUCAAAACGCUAGGGACCCUAAAAGCGGUCACUGUCUGUAUGGAGUCCUAAAUCACACGAAAUCCGCUGGAGGAGGUAAUAUGAAUCAUGUGGUCGUCUUUGUUGUAUUUGAGGAGGAGUUAACUUUAAACUAAUCUGUCGGUCCACCUGAUUUAUUUUAUUUUUAGCCCGUCUUCUAAGAUCAAACGUUCUUCAACCUCCAUGUGGUAAGCAUAUUUCCAACUAAGUUGAUCUUUUACGUCAUUAAUGAUAUAAAACUGACACUCUUGUUAUUUGACGGAAUGAGUUGAACAUGAAGAAGGUUUUUUUCUCUUCAAGUGCACCAAAUAUCACUGAAUAUACAGUCGACUCUCUCUUAACGGACACCUCCAUAAGACGGACACCUCUGUAAAACGGACACCUAGAGUUGGUCCCUGCCUUUCUUUACAGUCAACUCUCUCUAAAACGGACACCUUUGGGACCGGCACUAAGUAUCCGUCUUAGAGACGUGUCCGUCUUAUAAAGAGUCGAAUACAGGGAGUAAAGAAAGGUAGGGACCAACACUAGGUGUCCGUUUAACAGAGGUGUCCGUCUUAUGGAGGUGUCCGUUAAGAGUCGACUGUACUCCCUUUAUUUGACUCUCUAUAAGACGGACACCUAGUGCCGGUCCCAAAGGUGUCCGUCUUAGAGAGAGUUGACUGUAAAGCUUAACUUAGAAAAACUCCUAUGAGUGAAACGGAAUAAGAAGUUUAGUGACAGGCUGUAGGAUCGCAGAAGUUGACUCGAAUACUAUUCAUUCAAUAUGUUUGCGUUGUGCAGCCUAGAAUUCAAAAUAAAAAAAAACUUUAACUUUUAGCCAUUUAUACUUACUUUUUAGCAUUGCAACGUGAUAAAACCUGUAAACUGGGUGUACAUUAAGAUGCAUGGUUAGCUGGAAAAGCGUUCAUUACAUAGAACUUCGUAAAUGACGUUCUUGAGGACUCAUUAGUCUGCUGAGCGGAAUGUCAAGUAAUAUGUAUUCAUUUGACAGACAAUACUAACCACUCUCUCAUAUUUUUCCUUUGAUGUCCUUCGUUCUUGCAGAUGAAGAAACAACAAACGUACGUCUGGACUGUGUGGCAGGUAGGCCGUGAAUUCUCAAUGCUGUUUUCUGUAUAUAGGUAUUACACACAUAAGUAAUGCUAAAUACUUCUUCAUCAACAGCGAUUCUUAUCGCAAUACGGAAAUCUUUCUAGGGCGUUUUUCUUUUAAGUCCCAAUAAAUAACCUCCUUGAUACGUACAAACCCUAUAAAAGAGGAACGACAUUACCUAUAAAGAAUUUACCGAGCACAUUAUUUCGUCAGUAUUAUGCUUGUUCUGAGAACGUAUUUUAUUUGUCUUUUACUAUGCAGAACUGACAGACAAAGAGGUAUAGUAUCAGUUUAGUUUCUCGUCUAAUUGUUAUUUUAUAAAAACAGCAAUUCUCUCUUCUUUCGGGAAAAGCCGAGCAUGAAAGCUGCGUGAGACUGUAAUAAGAUGCACAAACGUCCGUCAAACGUUAGUCACUCACUUGCUAGCGAUCCACUUCAAGGGCUGAUGUUAAAUGGGUCGCUUUCCGUUUGUUCUUCCAUUUCCCAGUCCUUAUCUUCUCUCCUUUGAAUUCAGUGAUAGAAUUCCACAGUCGUUAGGCCCAUAUAGGCACAUAUUUUACAUAUUGUAGUUUACCCGAACGUAGCCACCGCCUAUAGAAGCGAUGCACUGAAAGUGGCUGUAGGAAAACUCAAAAGGCUGUUACAUCCGCCAAAAGUAACGAAGGUCGUAACUUGUUUAACUUGUGCUCAUUAGAUCAUAUAUUUGAAUGCUAUUUUGCGCCUAAUAAAUGAUAAAUUAUUAUUAUUAUUAUUAUUAUUAUUAUUAUUAUUAUUAUUAUUAUUAUUAUUAUUAUUAUUUAAUCGGAACUUUACAGUAGCACGUUUGGUAGAGCCUUAAUUACAUCAGUUUUUAUUUUUCAGGAGCUGUUCUACGGAUUACAGUCCGGUUAGUUCAAUAGUUCAAGCAGUUCCCCUCCUCACGAGUUCCAAGCAAAACAAGGAACAACUGAUCUAGCUGUAUGUUCCGUGCUUCCCUUCCAACCUUAUUCCUUUUCCUGAAUUACUUUCAUAUUACUGGAUAAUUUGGUAGCAAUAAAUUUUCCAUGUAUUAGGCCGGAGAGUGCAAUAUAGUGAUCUCGUGUCUGGUCUUGUUGGAGUGAGGGCUUAUUUCGCUAACAGUGGCUAGUAAUCGAGCCUAUAAUAAUUUUAUGUUCUUAAAUUUUUUCAUGGAAAUACCAAUAAAACUGAGAACUAAUACACUAACUUCUACAUGACAGUGAUUGGGCGCUUCCUGGACGUUGAUCAUUUAACCUCCAUGUGCGUUCAAAUUCCCAAACAAGAGACAGUCAAAACAGCCGAAUCCAAGAUCACAACUGUAAUCUAUCUGAAGCAUACCCUGGAGCUGGUCGAGCCCCUCAGGAUAGCUCUCAAGGACACAGAAGCGGAACUCUUGAAAGCUUAUUACGAGGUAAAUGAGCUCGAAAAAAAAUAACGGUCUAAAUAAUUCUUAUGGUUGAAACUUCUUGUUUUAAGGUAUGGAAAAACGGGCAACAAGAAGUGUGCAACUUGUUUUGCAACAUUGCUGCGAAACGAGUUGAAUAUCGAUGUUGCGCGUCUUACCACCCCUGUUCAAACCUGUUCACAACCUGAUUUUUUCCAAGACAGGUUUUAUGUGGGUGGUAAAACGUGCAACAUCGCUAUUCAACUCGUUUUGCAGCAAUGUUGCAAAACAAGUUGAACGUUUUUUGCUGCCCGUUUUUCCGCACCUUUACUAUAGAAAUAAUGAACAGCAAACGACCGCAAUAGGGAAAGCUUGGUCACGUGGUACGUGGUGUUUGCUACUUGCUGUAAACGGGAUAUUAAACCCUAACACUAUAAUCGCUCUAAAUGGACUUUUUGACGUUUAAGAAGAGCUGCAGCAUCAAAUGCAAACAUUAGAGUUUAUUGCACUGUUAUAUGCCUGACAUGCGAGGACACGCGCCUUCCCUCCUACCUUGUAUCCUUGUAUAAGCUCAUGUUUGUUCACAAGUGCGCAAUAUAUGUUCUUUCCAUUUUACGGAUCAUUAUAUUUUAUGCGAUUUUAAUUUUUUAUUUUGUUUCGUAUGUGACAGUCUCUCAAUGACAACAGGUUUGCGACCAUUAUGGAGAAGAUUCAGACUGUCAUUCAUGAUGACACUAGGUAUCAGAAAGGAACUCUUAAUAUGAGGACCCAAAAGUGUUUUGCUGUCAAGGUACUGAAACCCUGAAUCAUAUAAUCCUGAAACUCGUUCAACAUGAAUUUAUUUUACAUUACUUUGCAAGUUGAAAUUUCCGCUUUCAAUAAUGAUGAUUAAUCAUAAUUUUGUCCUCACUGGUAUUAAUGCAAAUAUCACUUUUGAAAAUUUUACUUAAGUUCACAGCAAUCAUGAGACAUAUACGUUUCCCUUAAUGAUGAUUGACGUUUUCCUAAGUUAGAUUGACUCAGUUUAUUAUACUAAUUCUAAAUUAUUUUACUCCCAAUCAUCGGAAAAACUUCGAAAUUGGAUGAGAAGCCUCAUAUUAACGGUAAGGAUAUACCAAUAUUACACUAACAAAAUAUGUUGAAUAUUUUCAAAAGCUCAAGUUAUACUAAGUGGUUUUGUAAGUUAAUCAGUGUGUGUCCCGCUAUGAACUAGUGUAAUUCAUGCGUUAGAUGUCACUGAGUCAUUAAAACCUGUAUCUUUCUAUACCUGUUCAGAAUUGUAAAGUAAAGGGAAAAUGCUAUGUUCCUCGUACAUAUGUUGGACACAGUUCUCUGACUGCUCACUUGACAGAUUAAAUAAAAAAGGAAAAAAAAAACAAAGCAAAGGAAGUCUGCUGUCGCAAAGUGCACAAAGCUGUUUGCUGGUCAAUUUUGAAUGUCACAAGUUUUAUUCGAAGUAACAAAAGUUUAAUUAAAGUCUAACAGGUGUAGUAAUCCAGCACUCCCCCUCUUCUGGUUAUAAGGCCUGUAAAUAAGUUUUGAUAUAUGAGGUCAACUUUAUACAAUAUGUUCAUUAAAGGGAAGUAACCUUCAAUGGAUGAAAACAGCUGUAUGUCACCCUUAAAAUAAUUGUUCACAUGAGUGUAACAAGAAUCCACAAUUACCAGCCUAUAAAUGAUGUCUAUUUUGGUCAGGUGGAUGAGUCGAAACAAUAAAAGCACUCGGCCUUUCACCUGUUUUUCGGUGUUUAGAAUCCCUGAUGAAACCCCCGCACUCGUUUCAGUGUCGCAGUUAAUUUUACGAGUUUCAAGCAGUUGAUUUUGUAAAUGUUAUUAAUUUAUGUUUAAGCUUUAUUUCACUUAUUUAUAUAUGUCUAGUUAUUUAUUUAUUUAUUUAUUUAUUUAUUUAUUCAUAUAUUUAUUUGUAAUUAAUUUCUGACUACCGUACCUAUCAUCUCCGCCCGCCUCGAUUAACCGACUAGCACCUGCUAUUUGAGGGCGGAAAUGGACUUAAUGUAAAUGUAGAUUGUUAAUAAUAAUUAAGUGUGUGUGUAAGUGUGUGUGGCGACAUUUUACUUGAAAGUGGCCCAUUUUCAUUCAUAUACAUCGAGUGCUCUUAAGUAUCAAAACGUAUAUCAUGAAAAGAGUGAAUGAAUCCCUGAUAACGCGCAAUACAAUUGUAGCAGCGCUACAGGUUUUGAUGUACUUCAGACCCAAUAUCAUGGUUGCUCGGAUCAAACGUUUGAAACGUUUGCAUUUUUGUCUUUUUAUCAUCUUUUUGACGUUGAGUUUCAUCACGCUUGUCUUGAUUAACAUUCGAAGUUCAAAUGGUACAGCUUUAUCAGAUCAAGACCGGUCUCCUUGGAAUCAGAUAGCUACCGUGAUAAAAACGGGUGAUUUUAUUGCUGCUACACGAAUCAAUACUGAGCAAGCUUCAACGGAGGUUACCGCUUGCGUUGUAGACCCUGCUUUGAUUGAGUGCGAUGGUAAUGGAUUCUCUGCAUUACUUUUGUAUACGCUGGAUCACAUCUUCACAUGCCAAGCCCUAGGAAGCGACACGCCUAUCGUAUAUUGGCGGAAUUGCAACUCAGGAUGCUCAAAAAACCCAAGUGUGAAUUCUUGGAAAUGGUACUUUGAGCCAAUAAAUCAAGGUUUUGAAUUUAAAGCGAAAAAAGUAAUAUGUCCGCUUGGUGGGUACUUUGAGUUAACUGUACUACGACCAGACAUAUGGCCAGUUUUAGACAGUAGCUUUAGAGACCGCUCAAAUGUUGUUGGUUAUCAAAACAGUACUAUCAUAACUCCAAAGGAAAGGAGAAGAGUAAACCGGUGGUUAAAUCGGUUUGUUAGACCCAAUGCUAGAAUCAAGCAAAAGGUCAACAGUUUCUUCAGUAGGUAUCUAGUGGGAAACACUCUCUUAGGAGUGCAAGUACGAGCUACCGACCACUGGCUGGAGAGACGCGAGGGAAAAUUACCUACAAUAUCAGACUGGAUAAAUAAAGCAGCUUCAAUUUUCGACAAACUUUCAGAGCCCCGGAAAAUAUACAUUGCUAGUGACAAUACAGAGGUCAUCGAUCAUUUUGUAAGGUUUUUUGGACAAAAGAAGGUAAGAUGACUGUAAGAUUAAUGUUUCUGAUCAUUCGUUCUUAACAUGUAAGAAACACUCGUUCAAGUAACUACUGUGCACCUCCAAAAAUAUUUCAAGACUUUGAAUAUAUCCUUGGAAACGGAAAAAGUGAUCUAUUUACCUUUAAAAAUUUAACUUAACAAUAGAAGACAACUGUUUUAACGAUGUUCAAAAAUGAGCAGCUGUAGUAGUACUGGCUGGGUGAAUCAUUGCGUUUCCAGUUCUUCUCAUUAGUGAUGGGCACUUUUAUUUUAUCAGUUGUAACUGAUAAUAAAACAGAAGCCAGUAGGUUUGAGGUUCUUUGACACUUUCCAUCAAUUACAUUAACAGCCACAUUAGCAUUUCAAGACGUUCUUCACGGUAAUCAUGCCGAAAAAAUUAAUCAUUCUCUUGUACUGUAAAAAGGUUUUAUUCAUCGAGGCUACAAGAGCCAAAAGUUACCAUGGUGAACCUCCACACGUCCUCCAAGUCCAGCGCAACCCAGAUCAAUUUCAUAAGGCUCUCGGGACGCAGGUGCUUAUGGAUAUUUUACUCUUGGCAAAAUGUGAUCAUUUCUUACACAUUGAAUCCAGUGUCGCAGCCCUGGCAAGUUACUUUAACCCUGUCAUGAAAAGUCACUUUCUGGAUGAUACACCCGAAAAGGUAGGGACUUAUCAGGUCUGUGACGUAUGUUUAUUAUAGGGUUCGUACAGAGUUUUGAACUCUUGAAAAAGUCUUGAAAAUUGCCCAACAAUUUUUCGGACCUGAAAAGUCUGGAAAAUGGAGAUUAAGUUUGGAAAAAUGGUAAAAAGUAUUGAGUUUUUUCAAAGCUACAAGUAAUUUAGAGGUGAUAUGUUUUCGUUUUGGUCAAAUCUUAUUCAAUCUCGCCCGUUUGUUUGCAGCGCAUCAUGAAAAGAGCUUUGUUUCUGCGUUUUUUAAGGUCUCCUAUUUGAUAACCUUGGGUCUGGAAAAAGAAAUUAUUGUUUUGAUAAAGGCUGGAAAAAGUCUUGAAUUUUGGAUCCUAAAAUCUGUACGAACCCUGUUAUUAACACAUCACUUUUCUUUUCGAAUUUCGAAUUUUCAUUAUCCCUUUGCGUAUCUGCAGUGCAAAUAGUGGUCGAAUUUAUAGCCUGGAGAGCAACAAAAAUUAAAUUUGGGUGAAAAUUUCUCGAGGUUUCGGACUUAUUGUAGUGCUGAAUUGAUUCCUCUGUACAAUUGUUUAUGUGCGGGCGAAAGUAUAAUGCUGUUAACCGUUAGAAUACAUAGGUUAAGGUGACUCUCCUUUGUUUCCUUUAUUGUUUUAAAAGUCUUAACGUUUGUUUUUGAAGAGAAGCCCAACCCACCCCGCCCACCCACCCCACCCCCCUUUAGGCUUGUUUAGGAUUAGAUAUCAAGUGAACAUAUGUAUACUCUAAGGUACUAUUAGACAACACGGCUACCAACAACAUUAACAAUGAUGAUUUGUCCCAGUUUUUGAACAAUUUUCAUUCAUAAUAAAUGAACAUGAAUGGUGUGAUGGUCUUUUGUUGAAUUUCCGUAUGAACUGCGCAGUGUCACACACGUACUUUUAGGUUGUGCCUAUAUAUUGUCCAGUGCUUUUGCAAACGUAAUCUAAAUAAAUGCUUUGCUUGCUCUUCAGCCUCAAGACUCACACUUAAAGCCACAAAUGGAAAGAGAAAAUCCAGAUGCCGAAGAGUUUGAAGAAAACCCAGAAGUUGCAAAGGGCAUGAAAAUGUGUUUUGACAAGAACAGCCCGUUUAGUGCUUGUCCAAACAUUGCGAAGGGAAUUUUUAUUAAUAAAGCUAUGGCCAAUAAUUUUGUUUCUAAUGCUUAGGGUUUAAAAAAAAUUGCAAAGAACUCAAAAACGUUAUAAGAGUGUCCGACGCUCUUUUAGCUAUGUCAUUUAUCUUCAUUUCAAAUUUUUCGAUUUGUUUAGUUCCUGGCUUGUAGUUUGACUGUAACACAGGUUGUAAUCGGUGACGACACAGCUCUAAACUCGUUUUCUAACAACGUAUUUGGGUAAAAAUACGUUCACCUUUUAUGUGCGAAAAAGGAAGGCGGUCAGCAUUUAUAGCAGCUGAGGCGAUGAACUAAGGACACUUGGACCAGUUCAGUUCUAAAGAGAAUUUCACUAUUAAUCACGACUAUUCGUCCAGAAUGGUAUGCCCUUCAGGGGUGGAUUUUCACGGAAAAUCUCUAUAAAAAACUGAUACUUUAUUUUCAAAAUGACCGGUCAGAGCAACCAGUUCUGACUUUUGGUAAGCGCCCUGAAAAUACUGAAAGUAGCCGAGGACAGACUCUCAACCAACUGAAGUACAAUCCUAAAAAAGUCCUGGGUACAUCCACCGUGUUGAAAAUUAUAUAGUACGUUUAGUUUUUAUAGAAAUUUAUGUUCUUACUACGUUUUUGUAGCUCCUUGGAAAAUAAAAGUACAUUUGGCACUUCGCCUUAUGGUCUUCAUCUCAAUCUCAUACGUCUCAUGUAAAAUAAAAUGAUUCUUACAAAAAGAAAAUGUACUACAUUAUGAAAUAACAAUUAUCACUUGAUCGUGUCACUUAAAAGACGGGAUUGCCUUGUUGCCUUCUCCACAGGCUUUUUCACAAGUCUAAGGUGGAGACAAGGGCUUAACAAGCGGGGUGCUGGAGACGAGCGAGAAGCUCGAGUGGGGGAUGAUGGGAACGAGUGCAGAGGGGACGGCGGGAGAUUGCCUUAUCGUAAUAUUCCACUUAGUGGUUCGAAAGAGAAUGUCAGGCUACGAUGUCUGGAUUAAAACACCUAUAACCUCAACGAUAGGCUUAUGAAUUAAGUUGAUUUUAUAGUGUCACCGUCUCUUAGGUUAGAGAGAUCUGGGUUUUGCUUACGCUUAUGGUAAACGGCAAAGAUAAUUUGCAACACGUGACCAAGUUAUCCAAUCAAUCGUCCUUUACCGUUCUUUAUAUUUGUUCAAAACACGAGGUAGUAUUUUAGGUUUAAUCCAUGAGAAUAAUUUCGCACAGUAAUUUGAUUUUCUCAAGCUCUCAGUUCCGAUGAAGGAACAUCCGUCUACAAGAUUUUGUCUAAACUUGAGAAAAUUCGCGUAAUACUGUUCUUUUGUAGACGUUUGUGACAGAUAUGUUUAUACUCAAAAUUAUCAAUGGCUUCUCAACAGGUCUUUUAGACGUUGCGAGGAGAACAUAUACCGAGAUUGUUGAUGACAUUACUGGUGAGUCCCGGUAUUAAGUCAGUAACGUCGUUUUUUCGCAGAGAACGGUAGAGCAAUUCCCCCAAAUAUUAAGGCAGGUGCAGAGGCAUUUCUUUCGCUCAUUAAACCGUUGUGUUAUAUAUUGUCCACGCUGGCGUCGGCGCACGGUCGCAUCUAAAACCAAGUAGGGUGUAUGAGCAAAACAGCAGCACUGCAAGUGCAUCACCCUUUUUUUUGUUUUGUUUUUUGUUUUUGUUUUUUUUCUUUUUGGGGGGGGGGGGGGGGGGNUGGGGGGGGGGGGGGGGAGGGAGGUCCGGAGGGAGUAUACCAAUCCAAAUUUUCCAGCCAAACCUUUUUCGCAUCCCAGCUCCCGUUGUCCAAAUCCUAUUCUCACCAUCUUAAUUCAUUGAUUUUUUUUGCUGAUGCUGCAGUGAUGGCAUCAAAGAAAUGCCAAAUCAUUUGUUUAACGAGUUCUGGUUAUUUUUGGCAUAAAACAAUAAGAGGUUUUUAUAGCAAUAUUAUAACCUCAAAAAACGCUCUUGAUCAGCUUUGCGUGCUUGUGAAUCAAAACGGGUUCUGUGACACCCAUUUGUUGUUGUUGUUGUUGUUGUUGUUGUCUGGCGAACUGUGAAAACUGUACCUAAAUACUAGAAACAGAACUAAGUUUUAAAAACUUGGGAACCAGCUUUAGGGCCAUCUUGAUUCGACGAAAAUUUAAGGUGGCUCUGAACCUACUAUCAAACUUUUCCAAAAGGUGAAUCUAGACUCCAUGCUGAUCAAAAUUUACAGAUAUGAAAUGGAGACUAUCGAACUCGUUUUGUGUAAUAACCAGUUACACAUGCAUAACUUGUUCACCAGUGGCUGGACAUUUUUUGGUUACUAUUAUUAUGGUAUCUAGCUCUGUGAGUAGAUAACUUUCGAUGUGUUAAAAUUCAUACUUGGCUGCGAGGCCUGGGCGAACAAAACAAAAGAAAUCAAUAGGUUCAAUAAUGAAUAGUACAUUUCUUUUUGCUUCAUUCCCUCAAUCCUCGGAGCUAAGUAUGAAUUUUAAUAUAUCGGAAUUGGUCUAUUGACAACUUCUUUUGCUAAUCAAUGUUGCAGAAAUGAUAAAGCAGCUGGGAGAGAAACACAAUCUCCCGCUUAAAACUGGCUUCAAUGCUACCAGAGGAUUUUUCAUUCAACUGACAGUAAAUCGUGAUCAAGAUGUUGACCUCAGCUCGCUGCCGAGUGAAUUUUUAAAGGUGGUUAAAGUGCGAGGUGUGGUCAGCUUUACCACUGUUGAUCUGGUGAGUUGCAGUUUUACACAAAAAAACCAAUUAAUUUCAACUUGUAAUUGUGGUUACGCCUUUUUCGUUUUGCGCUAACUCACAGCGGGAAGUCUUGUAAGUGGGUUGGUUGAAAUAUCUAAGGACACCACACUGGAGCGCAUUCUCCAGAAUUGGCCUUUAGGUUAUGAGAGAGUACUACUGAUUAUCGGAGAAGUACUUUUAAACAGUCCUGUCUGGCAUUGUAGUUAAGCAAUGACAGCUUUUGUUAUUUACUAAUCGACUCACUCUAUUUUCUUUGUCACAUCCAAUCUUUUAUGGAUACAGAUCAAGCUUAAUGGUAAGGUUACAAUAAACCUCUUUCGUAAUGUCGGCCUAUUAAUAUAUUCUUUUAUAUCUGUAAUAAUUAGCCUUUUUGACCUCGUUUGAAAAUAAGAAUUCUUUUGUGUUUUGUGGUCAGAAAGGCUAAUUAUCAUACAUAUAGAAGAGUAUAUUACUAGGCCGCCAUUAUGAGAGAGGUCUAUUUUUCUUCAUUUAUUAUGACUUUUCUCUCAAAGUUGCAGGUCUUAAGUUCUGUUUCGUGUUUUGUUUUUCAGAUAGAAUAAAAGAAUCUUUGAACGAAAUAUACCUCAUGACCAACGUGUAAGCAAUUCAGUGCUAAUUCACAGACUUUCUGAGAAUCAAAGAGCGCAAUAAUUCUAGAGUGAUGACAAAACUGUUUUUAUUUCUAACAUAAUACAGGGUUGUAUCUGAACUUCUGUGUGAGAUCCGUGAUCAUAUGGGAUGUCUGUACAAACUCGCUGAACUUGUCAGUGUCUUGGACAUGCUAGUUUCGUUUGCCCACCUAUGCACAAUUUCUGACUAUGGUGAGUUUCCUCUUUUUUCUUUCUUUCUUUCCCCUUUUUUGAGUAUCAAUGAAAUGACUUACUUGCUGGAAUGUGGAAACCUUUGGUAAAUGCAUGAUGUUACUUUUUAUUAAGUUAUGAUUUAAGGUAUUUGAUAGGUUGUCUUUAAAGUUUGUCCAAGAUUUGUUGUUGUUUCUUUGAGUGGGUCAAGGAUAGUCAGGAUUUUACCCCUAUUUAGGGGUGUUUUCCUGUUUUGGUCUUUUAAUGCUAGUCGUACUUAAUUUAAUGUCAUGAUAAGCUUGGAAAUAUACCUUCGGUAUUUAGGUAAUGUUACUCAGUCUAAUCUUGCCGCCAGAUGUGUGACCUACAUAGGUGGUCGUACUUGAGAUUAAAGCUGGCCAUGGGUUUUGGUCGCGUAGGGGUUCCUGUUUGGGUUUGAUAACCAGCGUUUUUCCAUAACCUCUUGAUAACCGGGGUUCAUUACUGUGUGUUCUGUUGUUGAUCAAAGUCGUGUAGGUGCACUGCCAAAUUAUUAUCCACACAGAGUUUACUUAGUCAGCUAAGCCAAACAUAUCCACACGGUUUUGCUAUCUUUAAAUUUCCUCACGAGUUUCAUAGCAGAAAAGCCGUGAAGCAAGCGGAGAGUGCUUUGUUGGUCACUACACAAAGCGGGCUGUGAGCAAGCAUAAGUAAUACCUGAAUUUUUAAAAAACAAUAGCUCUAGUAGCUACAAUCAAGAUAGAAGUCAAACUGUGAACAGUCUUGGUACCUUUUCGCUUAGCGAGCGGGUACUUUCACUACGGUUGUACUAACGUUACCAGUGGCUCUUAAAUAUAUCUUGGUAGAGUUUAUUUUGGUGAUUGUACAUGUUUUUCAAGCCGGUUUAAGCUUCUUGAAAACAAUAUUACAAUCUUGCAUGACUGAUGUCCGUUCCAUCUGACAACUCAAUGUACCUUUUGGGACAAAAUGAAAUGUUUUUGCCGGUCGGUGUUCCCAUUUUACAGUGCGACCAGAAUUCACAGACACCUUGGCAAUUAAGGACGGACGUCAUCCAAUUCUGGACAAAAUUCUUCCAGAACCACCAGUGGCAAACAACACGGUUUGUAUAUGCUACUCUUAGUCUUAAAGUAGAGCGAUUAUGCUUUGAGUUGAUUUGAUUGGUAAUGAUGAGCACUUAGGCCAUAUUCUUUUAUUUCCUCCUACGGUUACAAUAGGCGGCUUGUUGCCUUCGAAGGAGAUCUAAAUUUAUAUAACCGAGAUAAAAAAUAGUCAUAGUCAAAGAAACCGACCUGCCCUAAUAACCUUACUGACUUUCACCUGUUUUCGUAACUUUCAGUAUGCUACUGAUGGAUCAAAUUUCUUGCUGAUAACAGGCCCUAAUAUGGUAAGCAUUAAACCUCCUUGAGUCUUUUUAAUGUCACUUUUAUUAAUAACAGGGGAACUUAGGAAUGAAAAUGUAGAAGACGUGUUAAAUUUGUUUAAAAACAGUCCCCUGAAUGUGAAGCAGGGGGCAAUAAUCCCUUAGGCAUUAAAUGAAAAACUGUAGUAGUUUUACUCAGGUACUUUAUUUCCAAAUGACUUUCUGAGAUAAGUUCUGUUUGAUAUCAAUAGUCUAUAUUGUUAAGGAACUAUGUUUAUGACAUCUAUGGCGGACUUAAAUGGAUAAAUUCACAUUUUUCCACUUUUUUGCCGGAAAAUACUGAAUUAACUAAUGGUAAAUACAAAAGCCUAAGUACCAUCAGUCUGCUAAAAUGGAACUCUUACCAUAAAGUACUUGAAACACUGAAACCCUUACCUUAAAGUACUUAAAACACUGAAACUAAGAAGUUUUGCAAACUAAAAAGGAAUGCUGUUACCAAAAACUCGACUGCUCUUUUGAUCCUGAUGUAAGGUUAGGGUGUUCACCUACGGAUCUAAUAGCACACUGAACAUUCAGUACCUCAAAUUUGGGACAAAAAAUUGACAUUGGAUUUGUAUUACAUUUUUCAUUGAAUUCGGCCCCAUUAUGCACACAUGAGUCUGUUAAAUGUGUAAACGCUCUCUUUACUACAGAGUGGCAAAUCAACGUACUUGAAACAGAUAGCCUUACUUCAGAUAAUGGCACAGAUUGGAUGCUACGUACCGGCCGAGUAUGCCUCUUUCAGAGCUGCUGAUCAGAUAUUCUCCAGGAUAGGAAGCGAUGAUGACAUUGAAACCAAUUCAUCUACUUUUAUGCUCGAAGUGGGUUUUUGUGUUUGUGAAAUUGUCAGAGGUGUUUUUUUUUUUAAGUUUUCUUCUGACAGAAGGUAACCGACUCAAAUGCUCUUUUUUUCUGUUUUAUCUCCCUUUUUCUAAUAACUAAAAUAAUGCGCUACGUAUUUGUUUCAUUUUAGAUGAAGGAAGCCAACUACAUUAUCCAGGUGCGCAUAAAACAGUUUUACUGCGGUUCCGCUGAGUUAUUCAGUGACAUUUUGUAGAUCCUUUUGAAUAAAAGUAAGAGCUUUAAAGUAAGGCUUCUUUUUCGUAGAAUGCAAGUGACAAAUCCGUUAUUAUCAUUGACGAACUAGGACGGGGUAUGUAUAUUACACAACGCUGUUUUCUCCUUGUUUCUUUUUUUUAUUUAUUGUUUUUUUCAACACUCAAGUAUCCCACCGAAACACGAGCAACUGUAUAUGUGUAUGAUUUCAAGAGUGAUUGACACUGUGGUGCACAAGGCAAGACUUACCAGGAGCAGAUCCGGAAAAUUCAGUGGAGUGGCGGAGGGUGCGUGGGACACUUGCCAGCCAUAAAGAUACUAUUUAUUUCAACGAGAAUUCCGUUUAAAAAUUAUGAAGAAUUUCACAGAAAAAGAAAGGGGACGCGGUCCCGUCGUCCCAACCCUAAUUUCACCCAUACUCAGUAUUGACCUUCCUUCUUUCAGGAACAAGCAGCGAGGAAGGGGUUGGAAUCUGUUUUUCCGUAUGUGAGAAUCUGUUAAAAAAGAAGGUAACUGUUAAAAGUUUGCGCCUCCUUUUAAGACUUUUGCGAAAGACCAUUUUAUGAUAAAUUACUGUUCAUAGUGUUUUUAUCGUUAGUUUACGUAGCUACCCCCUUUAUGUAUACUCUCCUUCAAUACUGUGGAAAGGCGAGGAAUUGACUGACAUAAAAGAACAACUUGAGAUGGUACCUUAUUUUCAGUUUCAGUAGUCGAUUUAAUUAUUAGGAAACAGCAGGUCUUUAGAGCAAAUCUGGCUUUGGCAUGUAGAUAUCUGAAAAGGCUUUCUCUUGUUUUGGCUGUGUUUUUCUGUAGGCAUUUACAUUCUUUGCAACUCACUUCCUCGAGUUAACUACAAUGGACAGCAUCUACCCAAACGUGGAAAAGUAAGCUAAAUCAUUAAUGAUCAUGUUUUUUUUAGUAAAAUGAAUAAAAUUAUCAGUUCAUUUAGUGUAACAAUUUUACGUAAUAUACAGAUGUGUAACAAAAAGAUCUUUUUUAUUUUGCAGUUUGCAUUUUAAGAUUCAGGUAAUUCAUUUUUUUUUCUGUUGUAACACUUUUAAAAUUCAGUUUAUAGUCAGCCCACCAAAUUUUGCAUAUGUUAUUUGCAACCACCAAAACAAAACUACAACCAUGCCCAUUAUACCACCUAAAAGCCUUUUAUAUUGUUUCCUCGAGGGCUUUUUUGCUGGUUUGGUAUUCACUCUGCGCAGAUGCGGCUUUUUGAAAAAGCUUUCAAAACUGAAAUGCUAUCACAAGCCUUAAACUUCUUAGGAAAAAAUAUACUACAACCUCUACGAACUUAGAGGCCUGUGUGUACCAAAAGCGUUUUCACGAUUUGCUUUAUAGACCCUGGGUGCAUCCUACAGUAAACCUAUUGAACAUGGUCUAUCAGACAAGAAAGCUAUAUUUAAACAAAUGUUAAAAGUAAGAAUUUAUUUUAUCAUGUAGAAAAACUUCAGCGAGGAAGCCGCCUGUGAGAAGAUUACUUAUACUCAUGUUUUAUCAAAGGGAAGAACAGAAGAGAAACAUUAUGGCAAGUCUUUUCCCCUUUUUCCUAAAUCAUUCACUUUUUAUUCGAUAUCGGUACCACCAGGGCAUGCUGGUGGUUUUAAAGCUAAUGAUUAAGUAUCAGGCAUUUCAAUGCAACGUACAUUACUAGAAAAAAACUUGAAGACGGAAGUCAUACGGCAAAAAAUGGCAAUGCAAGAACACUUGAAUAUGGGCGAAUAACUAAGUUUCACAAGUGCACAGAACGCAGCAAUCAGCUUUGCGGCGGUCCCUGUGUUGGCAAACUUGAAGGAGUAUCGUCGAAAAGGCAACUGGGUUUUUUAACUAAUGUAAGGGAAUCCGGAUUCAGCAGUCCAGGAAAUUUUUGCUUGUGGAAUCCGGAAUCCGGGAAGUUUUUGCUCGUGGGCAAUCUGGGAUCCUGGGUUUUGGAAUCCGGAAUACAGCUCAAGGAAUAUGGAUCGCCCUACAGAUUGUUUUCCAGAAUCUAAGGUGUUAUUACAUAUAACUACUUACAACUAUAGCCCUUUAAAAGUGUAAAAAAGAAUGCGAUAUGGCCUAAAAUAUUCUGGUUUAAAGUUUUUGUCCACUUCAAUAUUAAAAUUACUCAAUUUCGUUAUGGAUUUUGUCUUAAAAAGCUGUGAGGAUAGAUGGCCCGUACAGAUUAGCUAGACCUUUAAUCUCCUAUGCUCUCUCUUGCUCUCGAACACCUAGAACUGGCGAAAAGUUUCAUUCUCCCCUAUCUUAAUUGAAGCAUGUGUCGCGCUCACCCUUGUUCUAACUUCUACGUCUCAUAAGCGACCAGACCAGACCAGGGAAAAGGAAGAGCAUUGGUUUUGUGAAGUGGUUUUCACUUACUUGCUUUGGAAGGUUAAAUUUAUUUUCUUUCCUUUAUCUCUUAAAAGGUCUGCAACUCGCUGAAAUCUCAACGCUUCCAUUGUCUAUAGUGAACGAAGCUCGGGAAAUUUCAACAGAAUUGAUUAGGCAGAAAGAGGUAUGCGAAGCCUGCGAUUUUCACUGUAAGGGUGAUGAUAGUUGGCCACUUUAAAUCUAAAAAUUAUGAGGCCCAAAUUACCAAAGUUGGCCUAAAUAAUUUCGAAUCCCGUAGGAACUGAAGAUGAAGGAAAUAUAGUCAAAACGCGAAAUUCCCAUCGACGUAAACGUAAGCACUGAGUUAGAGAAGGGGGGUUAUAUUUUUUUUACAACAUAUAUAUUCUUCUAAUCGACCGUACGCUGAUGUUUGAGAACGGGCUCGAAUGUAUUCGACCCACCCGAGACAUUGUGACUAGGAAAAUAAUUCAGUUUCACAUUGAAAAAUACUGUUCAUUUGGUUUGAAUUACGUCCACAUUUUGUACGACAUGACCAAGUUUUAUAUAUAUCAUCUACUUUUAGUAAUUUUACGCCAGUUUCACCCAUAAGCAUUAUUUUUGCGCAGUGUUCCUCUUGUCAUUUCCUGUUUGGAGAAAUUUUCAACUUGGGUCUGACGUUUGUCGUUUGCCAUAACGUGAUAAAUUUCCGCAAUUGAUCUGACUUGCCCUUUUGGUCUUUCUUUUUUUAGAGAAGUCAACUUUUGUCAACGGAGAGUCGCCAACAAAGAGCUGUUUUCCGACUGGCAACAAAGCUCAUUCAAGCAGCACGAAACUCGUGUCUUGAUAGUGCUGGACUACGCGCUUAUCUCGUGGGGCUAAAAAACCAGUUCGAACGAGAAUCUAUCCCGGAAGCGGUUGAAGAAUAAGACUUCAAAGGGC